CGGGAGGUGCGCGACAGCCUGGCGCUGCUGGUCGCCGAGUCGCGGCGGGACGCCGUGCAGAUGUACGAGGACGAGGUGCGCGAGCUGGAGGAGUCGCUGCGGCGCGGCCAAGAGAGCCGGCGCGAGGCGGAGGAGGAGAUGAGGCUGUGCGCGCAGGAGGCCGAGGCUCUGCGGCGCGAAGCGCAGGAGCUGGAACAGCUGCGCGCGCUGCUGGAGGACGAGCUGCAGCGGAUGCGCAAGGCCUACGACCUGCAGGCUGAGGAGCGGCAGGGAGUGAUCGCCUGCCUGGAGGAUGAGAAGGCGGCCCUCACCUUGGCCAUGGCUGACCGGCUACGGGACUAUCAGGAGCUGGUGCAGGUGAAGACUGGCCUCAGCCUGGAGGUGGCCACGUACCGAGCCUUACUGGAAGGUGAAAGUAACCCAGAGAUAUUGAUCUUGUCUGAGCACCUUGAAAAGAUACCACAAGAUUUCAGAGACACGUCCUACCGCUACACCACCUCGGCGUUACAGCGGGAGAAUGAAAGAAAUCUGCUUCUGAAGCAGAAAGCCCCUUCGUGGGGCUCUGGUCACGGCCUGGCCCUGCGCCCCGGGCCGUCUCCCCAUGCCUGGCCGCGCACUGCUGUUGGGGGCCCUGCCAGGGGAGGCCUCCUGCGCUCCCACUAUUCUUCUUUUGCUAAUACCAGGUGGGAGAACGGGUAUGAGACCAGCCUCCGGACUUUCCCUGCAGACUCCAGUCAUGUGAGACACACGGAAGCGCAAGCGAAAACAUUCCCUGGUCCACCAAAAGCUAACGGCACGAAGGAUGCCCCCACGAGGUCAGCCCCGGAGUCCACUGUCUCCCCAGAGUCACGCCGAGCACGCUGGGACAGUGUGGCCGCAGGUGCUUCUGACAGCAGCAGGUCGAAUGAGACCACCCUCAUUUUGGAGAAGAAAACAGAAGUUAAAACCACGAGGGGGAACGAGAGCAGCAGAGCAGGCUCUGUCCAGCCCAAGCGGGAGAAAAUGUUUGAUUCUAAAGAGAAGGCGUCAGAGGAGAGGAACUUACGGUGGGAAGAACUGACGAAGCUUGACAAAGAGGCCAGAGAGAGAGAGAGCCGGCAGAUGAAGGAGCGGGAGAAAGAGAAGGCUCUUUUGAGGGAGAAAAGUGUGAGAGAAAGAGAGAUACCGAUCAGUGUAGAAGUUGUCCAGGAUAGCACGCCAGGGGCACCCCCGAAAGCCUCCCCGACGUCCCCGCGGAUGGCUGCUGGCCUGGGGCCGAGUGGAGUGGGGGGCAUGAGGGAGACCGGGUUCAGGCCACACCCUGGCGACACCACUGGCUCGCUGACGGGUGACCCUGGGAAGGAAACCAUAGCAGAAAACAUCGUGUCCAGCGUCCUGAAGCACUUCACCCAGUCUCCGGGCACAGAAGCCGCGGCUGAUGCUUUCCCGGACACAAAAGUCACCUACGUGGACAGGAAGGAGAUUCCUGGUGACGGGAAGACACGGACUGAGAUAGUGGUGGAGUCGAAACUGAUCGAAGAGGUCGAUGCUUCUGACGAAGCCGGCCUGGACAACCUUUUAAGCAAGGAGGUUAAGGAGGUGGAGCUGAAGGGGAAGUCAGCCGAGCGGGUGAUAGGAGACAUCAUCAACCUCGGCCUGAAAGGGCGAGAGGGGCGCGCCAAGGUGGUCAACGUAGAGAUCAUCGAGGAGCCGGUGAGCUACGGCGGUGGUGAGAAAGCGCCGGAGGUUUCCGUCCCGUUUAAAGUGGAGGAGGCGGAGGACACAUCUCCAGGCUCUCGACGGCUGGUCGAAGAGGAGGAAGGUCGCGGGAAAACAUACGUCGCCUUCUCAGGCAGUCAACAUCAGAAGACCGGGCGGCCCCAAGAGAAUGUCGCUCACGUGGAGGAAGUGACAGAAGCAGGUGGCUUGGAGGGAGAGCAGAGUUAUUUCGUCUCAACUCCGGACGAGUAUGCCGGGGGGCAGGACCAGGACGAGAGCCCAGUGUACGGGCAGGUCCACGUGGAGGAAGAGUCCACCAUCCGGUACUCUUGGCAAGAUGAAAUCAUGCCGGGCACUCGUAGGAGGAUGCAGAGGGGUGAAGCAUGGGGAGAGACGGUCGUGAAGCCACUGGACGUCGGAGAACCUCCUCUAGCGGUGGGCGUGGGGUCCACACACUGGAAGGAACAAGCUAGAAGUGGUGCUUUUCGUGCAGAGCCCAUCGUCAUCGAGAAGGAAAUCAAAAUAGCGCAUGGGUUCCCGGCGUCCAGGAAGGAAGGCCGUGUGGAGCCCGGACCCCAGGUGGUGGAGAUCCUCGGGCAGCUGGAAGAAAGCCUUCCGGAGCGCGUGAAGACAGAGCUGUCUGCCCUCACUGGAGAGCGGCCCGGGGGGCCAGGAAGCGUUUCUGUGGAUGUAAAGAAAGUCCAGCCCCCCGGCGGUGGGUCCCUGACCUUGGUGGCUGAAGUCAACCUCUCCAAGACGGUGGAUGCCGAUCAGCUAGACCUGGAGGAUCUGAGCAAAGACGAAGCUGGGGAGAUUGAGAAGGCGGUAGAGUCAGUGGUUCGAGGCAGCUUGGCCAAGCGGCACAGCACGGCGCCGGGGAGCCCCGAGGGGAACACUGAGGAAGAGGCCCCAGCCGCCGGCAUUCUCUUCAAGCGCUGGGCCACCCAGGAACUGUACACCCCCACCCACGAGGAGAGGGAGGCCGGCUGGGCCUUGCACAGCUCAGAGCGAGUCACUUCUCAGGGCCCCGUGUUGGCCACGGCGGAGGUCACCGGCCCCCGGGGCUCUGUCCGGUCACACGUGCUAGAGGACGUGAGCCAGGCUGUCAGGCGCAUUAAAGUAGAUCCCACUGGAACUUGGAGGACUGAGCAAGUCUCACUGGAAGGACCCAGAGCAGAGAGGGUGCAGAUGGACGUGAGUAACGUAGCAUCGUCCUCCCGCUGGACACGAGAGACCACAGGCCUCUUCUCCGCAGGGGCGGGUGCACAAGCUCGUACUGGGUCUGACCCCGGUGCCUGGAGAGACACUGACAGUGGGGACUGGGCCGCCAGCGGGGGCUCUCAGGCCACCGCCGGGGACAGACACCAGGUCCCCCGGGAAGAAGGCAAGGAGUUUAGUAAGACGGUUCAGCUGCAGAGAAUGGUAGAUACAAGGUCGGUGAUCUCGGAUGAAAAGAAAGUGGCACUCCUCUAUCUGGACAGUCAGGAGGAGGAGAAUGAGAACGAGGGACACUGGUUCUGAGAGAUAUUUUGCUUUAAAUGGCAUCUUCUGUGGUGACAAGCCCAUACACAGAGGCCUUAUUUUAAAGGGGGUUGGGGGUGGGGCGCUGGCUCUUUUAUUUUCUCAAAGAGUGGUCCAGGAGUGUCAAUUUACUUCAUAGUCUGUGGCGUUUUCAGGUUAAUUCAUACCUGAAGUAGUGUUGGGAUUUUAUUUUUAUGAGUUAGGACUUUUACAGAAAUGCUUUUUAUCUCUUUAAUUUUAAAAGUUCCUUUUUUUCCUGGCGUUUUCUCUCCACUUCGAGAGGUGACUUGCUACACCUGUUACAGGAAUCCCUGCCAUCCGUUUGAGAUUCUAGUUAACAACCCAUAGGUAAGAGGCCUUAAAGGUAACCAGGUUAAACUAGUAUAUUUAACAGAAAUUUUACUGCAUGGACUAACAGAAAUAGUCAGCUAAUUAUUUUAAGGGGAAAAUGGACACGUUUUCCUCUCUCCAGUCUUUUUGAAAAGAAGUUGUAGGGAAUAAGCAGACUGCUUAUGUGUAAAAGAAAUCUGCUGAGUUCAUAUUUAGGAAGAACUCACUGGUCAUAGAGUUAAAUUCAUUUUAAAACUUGAAUGAAUUGCUUUCUGCGCACAGGGCUUUUUAAAUGCAGCGUUGCUAAUGGAGAGGAAGGUCCCGUUAGCGACAGCUCAGCUCAGCGCACCUGCCCGUGUGCACACGUCCUCAGAACUCGGCCUGAACGUGUUACAGGGCACACGACUGAGAGUCGCUUAAGGACCCUUUUUGGGGCACUAGGUCACUCGGUAGCACACAGGUAAAUGCUCUCUGGUUACAACCCGGUUCCAGAGUAGCCAGCUCCUGUCGGAGAACACGGUGACUUUUCUGCACCUCCGCCCUAGCACCGGAUGUUUAACUUCUCUGAGGGGGGCCCCAAGACAGCAGAGGAGUGCUGCAGCUCAUUCUCCUCAUUGGGCAGAAUGGGGCUGUGCCUCCCCGGACACCCUUCUUCACCCAGCGCCAGCCCAGCGAGUGGGCUUUUUCUGACCUCCAGGGAGAGGAAGAGCGUCAACCAACCUCGAGGAAGUUUUUGCACUUUCAACGGAAAUCACCAUGUUUGGUUCAGAGGCACACGGGACAUGUUACACAGAAUAAGCUACCUGAGUAGGAACUAGGGCCCUGUCCUGCUGAGAGGGGUCCAGGGUCUCCUGCGGGACACUGGGGUGGGGGGGGAGGUCUGUAUUGUACACCCCGACUUUAAGUCAGCACAAUGAGUGAGCUCUGCUAGGUGCAUUUUAUUUUACCCCAGGGCUUUGUUUUCCACGCGUCUGUCUUUAAAGGUAUAGAGUCACAUAAAAGUAGUGGCUUGUAGCUCAGUAUUAUUUUAAGCCAAAUUACUGUCUCACAUAAUGGUGUCUAGAUCACUUCUGAAACUCACAGAACUGCCUUAGUUCACUGAGGGGGAUGGGAUGGCCCAGGGCGAGGUCAUCCUGGGGCAGGUGAUGGUGAUGAGGGCGAAUGUGGCAGGGGAGGGUCGUCCCCCUGGGUUCCACACGGUGGCCCUCUGGCCCCCAAGAAGCACACGUCUUGGCGGCUUCCAGAAGCGGCUGCCGCAGAACUUCAGGGAGAGCACAUUCCCUGUGCCGGGCGGAGAAGACUCAGCACAGCUUUCAGGAUGAUCUGCUUGAAAAACACUGUGAACCAGGAUGUAAGCGUUGAUUUGAAUUGCAAGUUUAAACCUUUGUUAUCUACCAGAUGAACAAGUGAUUAUCACAAACUGGCAGGGAGGUGGCGGCCUGGCAAACAAAGACUUGUUUCCAAUAUGGCCAAGGAUGAACUGACGAUGUAUUGUUGGUGAUGGAAUUUGUGUAAGGGAUGCACUGGUGAGGAUGUGGCGAGAUGACAGCCCACGGUGUGGAUGGCGAGACAGACUGAUGAUGGGGGUGGGGAGGCCCGAGUGUUCUGUGAGCCUAAGUGGGCUUAUGUGAUGUCACUAUGUGAGCUUAGUUUGAUGUCACUGCCCUUGCUUGUGACCUUGUCAAUGAGUGUCUGCAUAAGCAGGUUAAAUCCUGGACACCCACUUCUAUUUUGGUAGUAAGUACCUUGAUCUGAAUAAUCUCUGCAUUGGAACAUACAUCACCUGUUCAAGAAGUGUCCUGAGUAUUUACAUCAUGGAAUCAAAGACUCUGGUUGGUUACUGCGUGCCCUGGAUGCUCUGACAGGUCACCCACACCUUCAUGUCCCCUAAAACUAGUCACUGGUGAGACGACAGAAAUCAACUAGCACCGGACAGGCUAAGGAACACCGGUCUUUUCCUGUUUAUUGUUCAGACAAUACAGUGGAAAUGGAAUGUUUUUCACCCUCCACUGGCGGUUUUGAUAUUGUUUGUUUAAAAUGUGUAUUUAGAUUGAGAGUGUCUGAAAAAGCAGAUCUGAAAACCUGCUGUUCCCCCCACAAAGAGAAAUGCCACAAGAGUGAGGAAAAAUAAAAACACAAGACAAAGAAAUUGCUUGUUUCUAAGAGAA